AUGCCGAAUACAGCAACAGCAGGGCCCGUGCGCCUCGCACAGCGAGACCUCUUCGGCGGAGCCAUCCAACUCUCCCUACCUUUCGACUACCUCGACGCGAGUGAACUGCGCCAGAUCCCUGAUAACCAAGAGGUCUUCCUUUCGCCCGUGUCCGAAACGAGCGUAGUCGUCGAGGUGCUGGCGAUGGUAGAGGAGGGCGAAGCAGGGAAGGAUCUAUGGGAAGCUGCCAAGUUCCACUUUUCCUCAUUAGCACACGACAACUCCGCCCUAUCCACCUCCAUCCUCACUUCCCCUCCAUCCCCCUCCAUCCCCUCCCGGCCUUCUUCCGACGCCUCCUCAACACCCACUCCGAUCAUCUUGCAAGGAACGCAGGUCAUCCAUAAAUUCUCACAUAACCCUACUGGCGCACCUCGACCAGGCAGGGAAGAGGACGACCCGGAUACCGUCUGGAUCGGGCUGGCAUUAUGGCGGUGUUGGCUUGAACCCUCUGGAAUGGCCAGUGGAAGCGGAGGGAGCGGGAGGAAGAAGGCUGACGUGGUGAUGAGUGUGAAUGUCAACCUCAGCGCGGAGGGCGGGCAGGGCGAAGACGAGAGAAGGAAAGUGGACGGGUGGUUCCAAGAGGCGGCGAGGGGGUUUAGAAUAGCGGAUUGGGGGCUGUUUGGGGACUGCGAGGACUAG